AUGGCAACUUAUGAAACUGCUAGGGACGCUUUGGAACAGCAAGAAACCAUAGAAAAUGCAAUCGCUGUCCGAUUGAACAGAAACCCGGAACUGUUUUUCAGAAGCGUUGAUCAAUGGAAGACGAUGGGCAUGGAUUGGCAGUUUCCUGAGGAGUCGCUUUCACAAAAGGAAGGGAAUAGAGUGUAUUCGAUUAGUAAGCCCAGACGAAGUCGGAAACAAUUGUUAAGUCAGGAGCACGAAAUUAAGGCCUUUUUAGACACAUACCGAAGAAAUUGCUGUCUACUGGAGAAUAUCAAUUUUGGAAAUAAUGAAAACGAAGUGUCUGACAAUUCCAUAGACCAGCUGCUCGCCAAGAUUGAGAGCAUCAACAGCCAGUUUCCAGAAACUACAGAAGAUGAUGUUGGCGACGAAUUCGCCAUGUUUUCAAGCUCAACUUCCACCCACAGAAACAUUCUUUCCAGGAAAGCUCAGAAUCUCGACAUCAAUGCCAUAUUUACGAGAGAUGAGCAAUACGGCGAACUUUUGGAUCUAAACACAUAUCACUUGCAAUGGCUCGGGGUAGUAAAGAAUGGAGAUGUUACUUUUCUACAAUUUUUGGACGAAUUGGACAAGUUCAAGAGCAACAAUUUUCUACUGAAGCCUGCAGUGAGCAGGAGCAGCAGCAGAUACCGGGAUUUUGUGAACUCGUUAUUGCAGUAUCUGGAAGAUUAUGCCAAAAGAGCGUAUUCGCUUCUGGAGUGGGACUCUGUCUAUUCUAAAAUUUCAAUUGCAUAUCAACCGUACCUCGCGGAACCGAUAGAAGUCCUGUCGGGAUCUUUGUACUGUAUACCGUGUGACAAGAAUUUUAAGGCCGAGACCGUCUACCGCUCGCAUCUCUCAGGCAAAAAGCAUCUGAGCAAUCGGGUCAAAAAUGAAUCGUUCUUGGCCCAGGAACAUAAACUCCAUCAGUUUUGUACGUUCUUAACUAGCGAGCUUUCUCGCACGCGGGAGUUUGUGGAGCGGAAACUAGCAUUUACCUCUGAGGAGCGUGCGCAGGAGCUAGCGCGGAUUACAGCUGCCUAUGAGGCUCCAGCAUACGACCCGCAAGAACCCGAGGUCGAAUUUUCACCCGAAUUUAAGAAAUCGUCUGCCACUGAGGAUUCUUCAACAGCAACGGAUGCAUCAUUUAGUUUACCGCUGGGCCCUGAUGGAUUCCCCAUUCCCUAUUGGCUCUACAAGCUACAGGGACUCGACAUUGAAUAUAGAUGUGAAAUAUGUGGAAACUGCGUCUACAAAGGGCGCCGGCAGUUUGAGAAACAUUUCUCCGAGCAACGGCACACCUUUGGCCUGCGCCGGCUUGGUAUAGAGCCGACUGCCACCUUUCAAGGUGUCACAACCAUCUCCGAUGCCCAAAAUUUAGCUUCGCAUCUCAAGACCCGCACUGUGACCACAGUGCAUCCGGGGGCCGUUAAGCUCGACUUGGAAGUAGAAGACGAUGAUGGCAAUGUCAUGAGUGAGCAGGUUUAUCAAGAGCUCAAGAAGCAGGGCCUACUUUGA